GCCUGCUACCUUAAUUAAAAACAAAACAAAAAAUUCAUAAAAAUUAAUUUAUUGCCAUCACUAUACUGCUACGAAUUCCUUUUUUGUUUUUUUUUUUUUCAUACACAUCAUAAUCCUAUUCGCUCCUUCUCCCUAUAUAAACUCCGUUCUCCCUCGACGAAAAUACACAUUCUGCAACCAACCUUAUAGCGACCACACCACCACCUAUAGCAACCACCAAACAAUGGCCAAAAACCACGUAAUCAUCUUCCCGUUCAUGGCACAAGGCCACACCCUCCCUCUCCUCGACCUCGCCAAGUCCCUCUCAUCCCACAACCUCCGCGUCACCGUCGUCACCACUCCCUCCAACGCCAAAUCCAUCUCCGACAGCCUCCCUCCGGCCAACCACCCCAACAUUUCCCUCGCCGUGAUUCCCUUCCCGGCCAUCUCCGGCCUGCCGGAGGGGACAGAGAACACCUCCCAGCUCCCUUCCAUGCAAGAAUUCCUCCUCCCUUUCCUCCACGCCACCAAGAAGCUCCAAAAGCCCUUCGAACGAAUCCUCGCCGCCGCGGCCGGAUCCGACGUGGACCGCCCGUUGUGCGUCGUCUCCGACUUCUUCCUCGCGUGGACGCUCGACACGUGUCGAGCGUUCGACGUCCCGCGGCUGGUCUUCCACGGGAUGAGCGUCUGCGCCAUGGCGCUCAGCAAGUCGCUGUGGUGCGCCGCGCCGCAGCUGGUCGGAGCCGAUGGAAGCCAGCCGUUGGAUGUCCCCAACAUGAAUUUGCCUUUUGAUCUGACGGUGGGGGAAGUGCCGUGGGAAAUUAUGGUCAAUGGCAUUGGUGGGCCCGAGAAUCCGUUUGUUGAGUUCAUGGAGGAGGUUGGGUGGGCCGACGUCAACAGCUGGGGGGUUGUGGUCAACAGCUUUGAGGAGCUGGAGCUGAGCCAUAUUCCGGCUCUCGAGUCGUUUUAUCGCGACGGGGCCAGGGCUUGGUGCCUGGGCCCGUUGUUUCUGUGCGACCAGGCCCAGGCGGCCCGAGAUAAGAGUAAGGAAGCUGAGGGUUUGUUCGAGCUGAGUCGGUGGCUCGAUGAGCGAGUCGUAGCGUCCGGAUCGGUGAUGUACGUUUCGUUCGGGACCCAGGCGGACGUCUCGAGCGCUCAGCUCGAUGAAUUGGCUCACGGGCUCGAGAUGUCUGGAGUCCCGUUCGUCUGGGUGGUUCGGGCGGGUUCGUGGUCCGUUCCGGAGGGGUUGGAGGAGAGGAUCGAAGGGAGGGGGUUGAUCCUGAGGAAAUGGGUCGACCAACGUUACGUGCUGGGCCAUCGGGCCGUGGGCGGGUUUCUGAGCCACUGCGGGUGGAACUCGAUGCUGGAGAGCAUAUCGACUGGGGUGCCGAUUCUGGCAUGGCCCAUGAUGGCCGAGCAGCCGUUCAACGCAAAGCUGAUUGUGGAAGGGCUCGAAGCUGGGCUGCGAAUCGAGGCCACUGGCUCCAUAGAUGCUGAUGGUGUCGUGUUUAAGCGCGAAGCCAUAUGCCGAGGGGUGAGGGAGCUGAUGGGCGGGGCGAAGGGGCGACGCGCUAGGGAUCGAGCCCGGGCUCUGGGCCGUGUGGCUCACCGAGCCGUGGGGGACGGCGGCUCGUCUCGGGAUGCCAUGACUCGCUUGAUUUCCGAGCUUCGCGAGUGCUAGCUAUUUGUUUGAUGGGUUAAUUAUACAAAUUGCUUUUGCAUGUAUGUAAUAUGUGUUUCCUGUUGUUUUUCUUCAUAUCUCUCGUGUCUUUAUGUUGUUUAUGUGUUCUAUUUUGGGACUGGAUUAAAGAUUUAUUCGAUGUUAUGUUGCUUUCUAUAGGUCGUGCAAUCGUUUGGCUCGAUGCAUAUGUAGAGUAGCCACUUGAGCUGAAGCUUACCUACCAAUCUAACCAUUAAGCUACCUCCACGUGGCGGUGGAUUGAUGGUCUUCAUUUGGAGUUUCGUUGCUAGUCACUGACUUUAGCUCCUUGGUUUAUUGGUAGUCUCAUUGAGUCAUUGUACGUUUGAUUCCGUUAAAUUCGUCUUAAGUGACAAUUAACUGUAAAUUUUGUU